AUGUCUUGUUUCAAAAUUCCUACAACUCUUCUUUAUAAGCUUGAUUCUCUUCAGCUGGAUUUUUGGUGGGGGCAUAAGGCAGGUAAAGGCAUUAAAUUUGUAGGUUGGGACAGUAUAAAUAAGUCUAAGGAGAUGGGAAGGUUAGGAUUUAGGGAUCUUGAAACCUUUAACACUGCUCUCAUCUGCAAACUUGUUUGGAAAAUUGCUACAGAAGAUGAGGAAUUGUGGGUGAUUGGUCUAGACCAUCCUCCUUUACCAGCUGAAGGUUUGGUCAAUACUGUUUCUUUUUCCUAUGUUUUUGAUAUUUUUAUUGAGAAUACUAGAUCCUGGAAUGCUCACUUAAUCUAUUAUCUUUUUAAUGAGGAUUGUGCUAAUAAAAUACUUGCAAUGAAUGUACCUGUGACUGGUUCCAUUACGGUCCCAACUCAGGUUUGGAAAUCACUCUGGAAAGUUAAACUUCCUCAUAAGAUUAAAAUUUUCACUUGGAAAUCUGUUACUAUUAAUGUGACUACAAUCUUAGCUCAGCAUGGCUCUUUCAGAAAGUGGGUUCUUUCUUGGUUCUCAGUUAGUGCAAACUUAGUUUUUGACUCAGGCAUUACUAGAGAUGAUAUAAACAAAACCCUUAUGGUAACUGCAUGGACCAUUUGGAAGGACAUAUGCACUAAAGUAUUUCAGAAUAAGGAUCCUAACAGGGACAGUUCGGUUGGAGGUAUUAACAAUCUUACUGUUAUGAAUGUUCAUAAUUCAAGUAUAAAUAAUUUUCUUUUGCAUGUUCAAAGAUGUAAGCCUCCUGAGACUGGUUUCUUCAAAAUCAACUUAGAUGCUUCUUUUAAACAUCUUAACUCUCAAGGUGGAAUUGGUUUAAUUGUAAGGGAUUUUGCAAGUACCUGUUUUGGAGUGCAAGGGGAAUACUUUGAUGGAGGAAUGAAACAAGGGAUUGAAGUAGAGGAGCUAGAGUCCAGGGCUAUGCUAGCAGCUGUUACUUUGGCAGAUAUGAAGAAUUUCAAUAAAGUUAUUUUUGAGAGUGAUAGUGAGGUAGUUAUUAAGUCAAUCAAUGAGAAAACUUCAUAUGUUCAUUGGAUGAACCAACAUUUCAUUUUAGACAUUAAGUAUUUGCUUGGUAGAUUAGAGGAUUGGAAAUGCAUCUCUGUUAAAAGAGAGGCAAAUGGUGUUGCAGAUAAACAAGCUAAGAAAGCUAGAACAUCUAAGUCACACUUUAUUUUUCAGUCUGCUCUUCCACAUGAUAUAAAAGAGUGGAUUGAUAAAGAUAACCAUGUAACAUCUUCAUCCUAUCAAUAA